AAUGUAAUUCGAUGUUCUUCUUCUUCUUCUUCUAUUAAACCUCUACAGCCUCUCUAUUCGUCUCUGACCACUUCACUUCGGCGUCUCUGCUACUGAUCCUUCUCGGCCCUUCGCGUUUACAGAAGAAGCAUAUACUGCUAGGGUUUAGGGUUGAUUAAUAAUGGCGGGUUGGCAGAGGAAUCUACAGAUUGUUGCUCGUCAAGUUGGUAGAAGAGUGAAGAACUGUCACAUUUCUACGGCCAAUUACUCUUCGACACGGAAUUUGGAAUCCCCUUCCUCACAAGGUUAUUUGCAGAGUCUCUUGAGACCGACCUAUUCCUCAAGACCACUGUACUAUCAUUUACAACAACUGGGAAUCUCUACCUCAAGACAAUUGCAGGCGGGUGAAGAGCCUGUAUCAUCACCUUUGUCAUCCCCAGCUCUGUUGGGUAGUGGAAAGGAGGAAGAGCAGAAGAUUAUUCCAAAGCGUCAGAAAGUUCAGGCUGUCCUCAAGUCCAUAAAACAGAGUCCUAAGAAGGUCAACCUGGUUGCAGCAUUAGUUCGUGGCAUGCGUGUUGAAGAUGCUUUGCUCCAAUUGCAGGUCACGGUCAAACGGGCUUCACAAACUGUGUACCGGGUUAUACACGCUGCCCGGGCAAAUGCUACUCAUAACCAUGGACUAGAUCCUGCUCGUCUCCUUGUUGCUGAAGCGUUUGUUGGGAAGGGACUAUUUGGGAAGAAGGUAGCUUACCAUGCAAAAGGAAGAAGCGGGAUUAUAUCAGUACCCCGGUGUCGCCUAACAGUCAUAGUUAGAGAGACGACUGCAGAGGAAGAAGCUGAGAUUGCAAGGCUCAAAGUUCACAAUUUUAAGAAGAAAACCAAACGGCAGAGACAGCUUGUACCUUUCAAGCUCAUCGAGACAACUCCAAUCUGGAACCGCAGAGGUACAAAAGCCAAUUAUCGGUCCUCAGAGUUGGUACCGUCUCAGUAGUAUCGUUGUUCCGGCAACAACUAUAACCAGAGCUUCUCUUUUAUGUUACUUUCUUAUUUGCUUUGGUUUUGAUAUUUGCUUGCAUUCAAUAAACAUGUUGUUAGAGAGGAACCAAAGCUCACUUAAACAGAGAGCUGUCUCCGUUUUGUUUUUUUUCUUGGGAGUCUCUUAAUUGUUGUUUUUGUGGAAACAAAGUUAAAUUCUCUUUUCCCAGUC